CAGAGGAGUGAGACCUAGUGUAGCGACACACUAGCUCUGUUAGACUCGAGCGCGGCGGAGGCCUGCACACAGACAUUCGUCCGCCAGGCAUCUAGCUGGUGCGCCGCAAGACCCAGAAAAGCAGUGCUCCGCGACGCAUUCGUGCGGCUGCCCCCGGCUGCCCCCAAAGACAUUAUGGGAAAAUGAAGCCCCUCGUCCUGCUGCUGCUCGCGGCAGCCACCGCCGACGACGACGUUUUGUUGAGGCAACUAACUCAUGCGCUCGGAAAACCAGCGACGCCGCAAGCGCUCGCCGAGACGUUCGUCGACGACCGCUUCGAGUAUUUGCGAGACAACGCGGACUACACUUUUGAGGCCGGCGACGCCGAUAAAGUGGUGGCGGCCUUCUCGCGACGCAUCACGUCAAACGUCCCGGUCAUCGACCUGCAAGCCACGUUCGAGAACUGCUCGGCGCUCUGUGCGUUUUUGGAGGUGGGCGUUCCAGAGCACGUCGAGGCCUACGUCCUGUUGAGCCUUGGGUCGGCGGCCUUCGGCAGCCCCUUCCACCCGGCGACGUUGAGAACGUUGGGGAGGACGUGUGGGAAGACCGACCGCGACCUCGAGGCGCUGCUCUUGGAUCCAAAACUACGAAGGUGGUUCGUGGCGCAGCACUUUCCGCGAGUGGUCAUUACGGGUGGAAAUGGGAGGGGCCGCUACAGUAAUGAUGCGGUGGGCGACGUCACGCGGUCGACGGACUGGGUGCUGCACCCGAAAUUGCACCACGUGCCGCUGGGUUUACCAAGGGCGCUCUCGCCUCAUCUAGAACGGGAGGCGGCCUGGGUUAAUGCAAAGCGCGGCCCUCGGAGUUCGGAGAUAUAUGUGAACCACAAGCCCCGACCCUACCGCGAGCGCAUUUUGGGACACUUGCGCCGGGCGCUGGGGCAGGCGCUGCCCAACGCCUAUGCGGGGAAAGCAGCACUGCGUUCUGGGACGCAAACAUACGUCGGGGACCUCUUCCGCCACGCGAUCGUGCUGUCGCCGCCCGGGUCGGGCGUCGACUGCUACCGCCACUACGAAGCCCUAUUAUGUGGCGCCGUGCCUCUCCUAGAGUAUUCGCCCUUGGCUGUGGAGUUGUUGUCUGGCUUGCCCUACAUCAUGGUGCGGUCGUGGGCCGAGGUCUCCGCGCCGUUCUUGGAACGGGAGCUCGCUCAACUAAAAACGCGGACCUUCGACUGGCGGCGGCUCACGCGGGCCUACUGGCGCGACGAGCUCGCGCGCGCGCGGAUUAGUGGUGAGCUGCCCGCGCGGCGGCGGAAGCCGUCGUGACUAAUGUUUAGAAAAUUG